AUGGCGGACGAUGGAGACAGUUGGAGCUCUCCGCUCGACUCCGACGGCGGCGGCCGGGAAGCAGCGGAGGAGUCCGGAGGCGGCGGGGGGUUUAGCCUGGGCGCCGCGCUGCUCAACCUGGCGGCGUUGCUGGCCGUGCUGGCGGUAUGCGCGGCCCUCUACCGCCGCUGGGCCAGGCGAGCCGGGGCGGACGGCGCGGCCCGGGGCGACGAGGCCUCGGCGCUUCCCAAGAUGAGGCGGCGGGACUUGACACUGGAGCAGCUGCGCGAAUACGACGGGCUGCGGAACCCCCGCAUCCUCAUGGCCGUCAACAUGAAGGUGUUCGACGUGACCAGCGGGAAGAAGUUCUACGGGAAGGAGGGUCCAUAUGGGAUCUUCGCGGGUCGGGACGCGUCACGAGGUCUGGCCACCUUCUGCCUGGAGAAAGACGCCCUGAGAGACGAGUACGACGAUCUGUCCGACCUCAGCGCCGUUCAGAUGGAGAGCGUCAGAGAGUGGGAGAUGCAGUUCAUGGAGAAGUACGACUAUGUGGGUCGGCUGCUGAAGCCCGGCGACGAGCCGUCAGAGUACACGGACGAGGAGGACGUCAAAGACAUCAAGGAGCACCCCAAACACGAUUGA